UCCGACAAGCGUUUAAAGGCUAUCGAGCUCAAUGAAAAGGCCAGACAAAGGGAGCUGUCUUCGAGAUCGGACGAGUUUGAGGCCGAGUUGCACGGAUUUGUCGCAGGGAAGAAACUCAAAAGGACAGGAGGUGCAGAAGAAGUAGAGAGAAUUCGCCAGCGAAAGGAUGGAAUGGCUUUCAAGGCAAUGUUCUCGGGUGGUGGACCUAUAGGCGGUGGAAAUAUAGGUGAUACUGGUGGAGGUGGUGCAAGUGCCUUCCCAGGCGGACUACCAGGGCUAGCGGCCGCUCCCCCGUUAUCUGAUAGUGAGGAAGAGCUUUCCCCUGUUGAAUCUCCCAUUAAUUGA